AUGGCUGGUUCCGGAAAUGGAAGUGAGCUAUCGUCAGCAGACUCGUUUUUCUGCACCCUUUGCCCUAGGAAGUUUCUUCGCCUGGACCAUCUCAAGCGUCACGGCCAGACUCACCGUCAGGAAAAGCCUAUGAAAUGCGACUUCUGCGGCAAACACUUUGCACGCAAAGAUGCUGCGCAGCGCCACGAACAGUUGCAUGCCCGUGAAAGAGGAGGCUCACGCCAACCCACCAAGCUCCGCCGGACCUGCUCAAUGUGUGCCAAGUCUAAGAUCAAGUGCUCGGGUGGGUUUCCUUGUGGCCACUGCGCCGCUAGAAGCCUUGAGUGUUCAUAUCAGCAUCGUAAGCGGAGGAGUACCGCUUAUAGAGUAGAAGACGAGGCAUGGUCAAAUCCAGACACCACGAGGAACUCGAAUUCAGAAGGUCACGAUGCUGAGGGCGACACGGGAAUUAGAGAACAGAAUAGCGAUGCUGUUGCGUGGGAUCGGGAGUCUAAUGGCCUUGUCCAGAACGAAGUGUCGGAGCAGCAUGAGCAUCAUUGGAACACACCGUUCACACCAGUUGCCAUCUCCAAUACUCCCGGUGAUAUGUCUUCUCCCAACGCAACGUUAACAGCGUCGCCAGUACCCGACGCAAGUUCUGGGCCGCCGAUUCAAGCUCUCUGCAGUCAGCUGGACGAUUCACCCACGGCUACUAACUGGCUGCCUUUCGAUUAUGCACCAGCGAGCGGCCCGGAACCCAACUACCUGGACUUUGCAUCAUCCCAGGCGCCCUAUGAUGGUGAUGACUCUGAGGCCAUCUCCUCUGAGAGUGUGGACCCUGCAGCUCGGCAAAAUGACGAAGUGUCGGCUCUCAUAACCUACAUGCGUGACAGAUCUCCAGCAGGGCCCGUUUCUGGUCUGAAUAUACCAGCUUCCCUGCCUCAACCCGGACUAUACGCAGCGGGAGCUGGAUUCAGAGAAAGUCAGGCUGACCGACACUAUCUUCAGCGGCAAAUAGCUCGCUCUCGGCUUUGUCAUUCUGGUGAAAGCCUAUCGCAGUCUAGACUCCCCUGGGAGGAGUUGCUACUUAAGGAAGUCCGUCAUGGCAAGAAGACAUAUAAGCAAGCUCUUCUCCAGAUUCCAGAAGCCAUCUUUUACGAGGUGAAGCAUAAACUGCUUCCACAAGAUGGCAGACGACUUUUGUCGAAUUCGUUUCUCAUUCGGGCGGAUAUCUUGUUCGAUAGAGAUACCUUCACCCAUCUCAUACAGCUUUACUUUGACAAUUUCCAUCCUCUGUAUCCGUUUCUUGAUCGCUCCCUUCUUUGCAUACCUGUCUGGGGCUGGAGUCUUUGCAUCGCAACGGCAGCAAUCGGAGCGCGUUAUUUGGGCGUUUCCGAGCUGACCACGUAUGGCGAAGAGCUAUGUGGUGUUCUGCAUGAGCUCCUUUUGAUAGAGCUCAACUUCGGACGAGUGCAGGAUUCGCUUCCAUACAUCCAAGCCCGGAUGCUCGCGGCUGUUGGGAUGUGUCAAAGCCAACUGCCCAGCCAUAUAAAGUGUGGCCAUGUGGCGCUGUCUUUGGCUUGCACUUCGUGUCUUCAGCUUCAAGUGCUGGACGAAGACGACGAAAUUGGGUCGUACCAGCAAGGCCAAAGCAUCGAACAGGUCUGGCUGGCCUGGCGCUUCCGUGAGACGCGAAGAAGAACUGGAUUAUUCAUAUGGCUCAUGGACAGCUGCCUCGCGUUUGCCACCGAACACCCCCCGAAUAUGCCUCUGAAGAACCUCCAACUUCGUGUUCCCAGCAAGGACGAUUUAUGGAAAGCGAACUCCUACCAGGCGUGGCUCAAGAUCGUGGGGGAGCGGUUGGAAGACGAUGCCACCGUAGACAAAUUUCUCGCCGAGGAAGCAAAAAGGCAAACCAUCAGGGAAGCAACGGACUUGUUAUGGCGCAAUCUUUGCGCUCCUGAGUGCGCAACCGAAUUCGGAACGACAAUCGUCAUACAUUUCCUCUUGCGUCACAGAUGGGCGGCAGAUCAGUUUCUGGGCGAUCCUUUGGUUCUUGACUACCAAAGCUCUCAGCACUCACAAGUACCAAACCGGAAUAGAUAUCUGGGCGCAGUGCCAGAGUACGCCAAAUGGCGCAACUACACUUGUGAUUGCCUGGAUGCCCUUCACUUCAAGUCCUCAGGCCUUUCCGUAUGUCAGGGUGGCUUUGAAAACUCAGUGUUUCUACAUUUGCACAUGUCCCGUCUGGUAAUUCUUGUGCCUGUCGCAGAACUUCUCGAAUACGCUCACGAGAACAUCAGCAAGAGCUCGAACCAAUUUCUUCCCCACCAUCUAUACCGCCGUACUAGGCCGAAUACCAAGUGGCGGCACGCCAUACUUACGUGGGUGAAUCAGGAUCGUUACAAGGCACGGCUUGCUAUGAUACAUGCAGGAGCCUUGUUCUGGCACGUUAGACGAUACUCCUCCCAUGCGGUAGUCGAACCUUUUGCCGUUUUUCUUGCAUCGCUCGUCCUUUGGGCAUUUGUGUCAUCGCGCGGUCCUGAUCUACCGAGAGAUAGUCCGAGCGGCGACGAUGACAAUAUCAGUGAUCGUUUCGAGGAGACAGGCCUACCAGCAGCUCACGCCGCGCCCAAACAUACGCGUCGCAUGCCUAGCACUAUACAGAUCGAUCGGCCCGUGGACGACGAGCUUGUGCAGCACUUUAUUCGCUCAGGAGACCACAUGCGGAUAUCACUGGAGGGUAUAAAUGAUAUAUGCUCAAAGCAGGGUCCCGUGCAAAUCCUACGCGAGGCUGUUGGAAUACUGCUGGAGCACAGCUCAGUGUGGACAAUCUCGGAGAGCUAUGCGAACUAUCUCAGCGCCAUCGCAUGUGAGUUGGAGAAAGAAGAACAAAUUGUAUAA